CUCUACUCCCCCGCCCCCCGCGGCGCUCGCCGCUCCCGGGGGCUCCUCGCCCCUGAGCCCAGGUCCCUCCCCCUCGGCGGGCGCUCGCAGGCCGCGGCUAGCGGAGCCCGGAGCCCCGGCGGCCCGACUGCCCCGAACCGGAAUGGACCCCGAGCGCUGCGCGCCUUUCGGCGUGGGGCCCGCACCCGGCCCCUACGCGGCCGCGGGGGCCGAACCUUCGGGCCCCCAGGGAGCGCCGGCCGCUGCGCCCCACCUGCACCCCGCGCCGCCCCGCGGCCCCCGGCUGACCCGCUUUCCGGCCUGCGGACCCCUGGAGCCCUACCUCCCAGAGCCCGCCAAGCCGCCCGCCAAGUACCUGCAGGACCUGGGGCCGGGCCCGGCGCUCAACGGCGCCCACUUCUACGAAGGCCCCGCGGAAGCCGAGGAGAAGGCCUCCAAGGCUGCCAGCUUUACCCCGCUGCCCUUGGACUGCAGAAGGAGCCCUGGAGACGGGCCCUCUAACUUGCAAGGUUCUCCUGGCCCCUGCCUGGCCAGUCUGCGUGUCCCUCUUUCCCCGGGACUCCCUGACUCCAUGGAGUUGGCCAAGAAUAAGAGCAAGAAGCGCCGCAACCGCACCACCUUCAGCACGUUCCAGUUGGAGGAACUGGAGAAAGUCUUCCAGAAAACCCACUACCCUGACGUGUACGCCCGGGAGCAGCUGGCUCUGCGCACGGACCUGACUGAGGCCAGGGUGCAGGUCUGGUUCCAGAAUCGCAGAGCCAAGUGGCGGAAGCGAGAGCGUUAUGGAAAGAUGCAGGAGGGGCGGAACCCCUUCACGGCUGCCUAUGACAUCUCUGUGCUGCCCCGCCCUGACAGCCAUCCCCAGCUGCAGAACUCCCUGUGGCCCAACCCAGGAUCUGGGAGCCCAGGGGCCCCCUGCCUCGUGUCUCCAGAGGGCAUCCCCUCCCCAUGCAUGUCUCCGUAUUCCCACUCCCAUGGGAAUGUGGCUGGCUUCAUGGGGGUGCCACCAUCCCCAGCAGCCCACCCUGGCAUCUACUCAAUCCACGGCUUUCCCCCAACCUUGGGAGGCCACAGCAUCGAGCCCUCCCCAGAUGGCGACUACAAGUCCCCAAGCCUUGUCUCACUCAGGGUGAAGCCCAAGGAGCCGCCCAGCCUGCUGAACUGGACCACGUGAUAAGCUGCAGAGCCGCGCAGACUAAACUGCCACCUCCUUUUCUGUUCCCAGUUGCUUCAGGUCCA